AUGGAUGAGAACAAUACCAGAACCAUUGUAACAGCUCAGGUGAUUGUUUUCGUCGCCCUGGUUUUAAUGGAAGAACCUACAAGCAUUCCCUUAUGUAACAACAUCAACGCAAACACAUUGGAGAAAUGCCGUCCAGCAGUCACCGGAAAAGCUGCUGAUCUCGAAUGUGUCUGCAAGUUCAAAUCUCAUAUCCCCAUUUUAGCGACCAAAUCAUCUAAAGUCCAGGAUCUUCCGAGGAAAUGUGGCAUUAAAACAAUUCCUCCUGCGUGCGAAGCUUUGAAGAACUGA